AUGAGCUCCUAUUUUGUUAACCCUCUUUUUUCCAAGUACAAAGGCGGCGAGUCGCUGGAGCCAACUUACUAUGACUGCAGGUUUCCACAAAGCGUUGCCCGCAGCCACACGCUGGUGUACGGACCCGGAGCAGCUGCACCGGGCUUUCAGCACCCGUCCCAUCAUGUGCAGGACUUUUUCCACCACGGGACCACAGGGAUCUCCAACCCCGGAUACCAGCAAAACCCCUGCGCUUUGGCUUGCCAUGGAGACGCAACGAAAUUUUAUGGAUAUGAAGCCCUUCCGAGGCAAACGCUUUAUGGUACCCAGCAAGACGCAAGCCUAGCGCAAUACCCAGACUGUAAAUCGUCGAGCAGCUCUAACCCCGGAGAAGGACAAGGCCACUUAAAUCAAAACUCCUCUCCCAGUCUUAUGUUUCCUUGGAUGAGACCCCACGCAGCCCCAGGAAGACGGAAUGGAAGGCAAACCUACAGUCGCUACCAAACUCUUGAACUGGAGAAGGAGUUUCUCUUCAACCCUUACCUGACCCGCAAGAGGAGGAUCGAGGUGUCCCACGCCCUGAGUCUCACCGAGCGGCAGGUGAAGAUUUGGUUUCAGAACAGGAGGAUGAAAUGGAAAAAAGAGAACAACAAAGACAAGUUUCCGGGUCAGAGAGGAGAGGCUGAAGCCGAGGCCGAGGAAGAGGGCAACGAGGACGGUGAAGGGGAAGAGGGAGAAGAGAAAGAAGCGGAAGAGAAAGCGGAGACCAAGGAGUGAUUUUAUGGUCUUUUUUAUGGUUAUAUGGCUGAAAAAGAGAAAAGAGAGGUCCCAUAAACAGACGAGGAGUCAGAAGGAGGCAGAGAGCGUCAACUUUAUGACCACCCUUUCAUUUUGUCAAGAGGGGACAGGAAUCCCACAGAUAUUGCUGUCAUAAAUAGGCAAAAAAUUUCCCUUCUUACAAUUACCUUGAUACAAACAUGGUUAGAAUAGCCAUUUGGAUUUCACUAGUAGCUACACACGCUUGUAGCAAUAUCUUAUUUGAUAGAAGUAACGCCCUUGCCAAAGGGGUAAAUUAAAACGCAUGUUACACGGAAAAUGGCUUGGCAACUUUUACAACUUAAGUUUUCAUAACCAUAACAAAAGCAUAGCCAAACAUGAUCAAAGAUAUGACCAACGCCGACCUGUGUUGUAAAUAUUUAAUAGCCUACAUUUAAAAGAACAUGGAACUCAUUUCAAAAUAGCUGCCUUUCCGAAAUUAUAAGCGAAAUGUAGGCCUAACUUAGUAGUAUAAGUGUUCAACAUCAUCACAGCAGUUACAUUGGCUGUAGCAGCCCAUGUAUAAACCACAAACGUUUUCUUAUUAUUAUUGUUACUGUUGUUUUACUCGUUUUCAUGUGAAUGGCUUAGACAAAGAUAGCCAUUAGCUCCUCAGACAUCUUUUUUCUAGGAUUACCAGGGAAAUGCAAUCGUAUGAAAUCCUUUGAUGCUACCUAAACCUGGGGAAAUUGCAAUAGAGAUUUCUGAAUAUAGAGAUUUCAUAUGGUUUUAUUUGAAAGUGUUAUAUAUCGACCUUAUAUUAUUAAGUUAUGUAUGUAGUAUUUACCCAAUAUACAGUAUACACUUGUUGAAGACAAUUUGUGAGUCUUGGGAAGACAAUUAGCUCAAAGCCAAGCAAACCAUUUUGAGAUUGUACCACGGCACUACCUAAACACAGAGCCUUGCCUUUGCAGAAUUUAUAUUCCAUACUUGUGGCAUUGCUCUGUUUUGAUUGAAAGCUAUUUCCCCAACAACUAAAACUGCCUAUAACGCACAUUACUGUGUAUGAUAAUACCUGCUACAAUUACAACUAUUUUAAAGUAAGGAAUUUUUAUUUUAAUGUGCUGGUGAUAUAGCGUAGUUGUUUUGCACUGAAUAUAAUCUUUAUGUACGUCUUGUUAUAUAUUGAUGUUAACAGUAUGCUCGUUUCCUGGUGUUUUCUCCUGUGAAAGACGGAAUUGUGUGUCCCCG